GUCAUUUGUAUCGUAUUACUAAUACCCUUUGGUUUUGUAAAAGACAUUUCCCAGAGGAAAAUAUGUUGGUGGAUAAUCGUGCGGUUGCAACUCUGCUUGAGUAAACGGUUCGUGCGUGAAAUUUUGUGCUUCGUCGCGUCUGCCUGGUCGGGGGCUCUUUUAUUUGGGGAAAUAACCCCGUAUACAAAAUGGCGCUCACACAUGGGGAUGCAACUGCGGAAUUGUUGGUGAAAAAUCUCCCAAAACAGUUCGCAGAUGGCGAUAAAGAGUCUUUUUUACAGUAUUUUGGUGCUACCGAUGUUGUCUGCAUGGGAUCUAGAGGAAAAAUGCGCAAUUCAGCAUAUGCAACGUUUGUAGACUCUUCAUCGGCAAAACAGGCCCUUGCUCGACUCCACCAGCUUGAAGUACUUGGACAGAGACUUGUGGUUGAAUUUGCAAAAGCUCAGCACAAACAUUUGGCAGGUCAGGAAAGGACAAGGCUAUCUCCAAGACAUGAAGAUGUCGAAGCUGAAGACGAACUAGAACCAUUGGAGGAAGAAAAGGAAAAAAUUCCUAAAAUUUCAGAUGAAAAUGUGAACUAUGAUAAAGUCGAUAAAGUCAGCUCAAAGUUUGGUCUUAACCACGGCAGAAAUCCGUAUCUCCACUAUGUAUAUCCUCCUCCAAGUCCCACCAUCAUAACAAACAUUGCAAAUGCUCUCAUCUGUGUCCCAAAAUUUUAUGUUCAGGCCUUGCAUCUAAUGAACAGGCUAAAUCUUCCUGCACCCUUUGGUUUUCAAACACCAACGCCGCCAUUUCCAGGUGAGACGCAGACUGAGGAAAAUGUGAGCUCAAGCGAAGAAUCCGAGCUUGAAAGCGAUAAUGAAACCACACGUGCCAUCCACGAGGCACGCAAGAGACCGUCGACUGGAAAGAAACCAAAGCAAAAACGACUUCGUGUGCAAGCAAGUCAACUCCUUCACCCAAACCAACCAAAACUCUCCACCUCCAAGCCCCACGCUGUACAAUCUGUGUUUGAACAAGCAGUCGGGAAGCCUCAACAGCCAAACAAAAUUGGAAUGAAACUGGCUGAUACAAUAUCAGCGAUAUUUGAGGCUGGACCCCAGAUGAUUGUUGCCAACGAUGAUGAGAAAAAGAAAGGAUACGACGAAGCACCUUCAGGAUUCGGUAAAUUCGCGCCAUCGACACAAGAUGAUGAAAUUCAAGAUAGCGAUCUUGAGGAUGAAACGGAGGAAGAGACCGGGGAAUUUAUCUCUCUUCACGAGCUGAGGAAAAACAAAAUAAGCAGAGAAGAAAUGAAAUCUCUAUCAGCGUUCAAGAACUACUCUUGCGGUGAACCAACGUGUCGCCUUUACGUAAAAAACGUCGCAAAACAAGUCGAAGUCAAGGAUUUACGUCAUGUGUUCGGUCGAUUUAUCAAUCAGGACUCCGAAGAAAGUAAACUUGGUUUUGACGUUCGUCUAAUGAAAGAAGGUCGAAUGAAGGGACAGGCUUUUGUAAGUUUUGCAAACGAGAAAUCGGCGGAGAAAGCGUUACAAGAGACUCAUCGAUAUCUUUUGUUUGGAAAACCACUUGUCGUUCAAUUCGCGAGGUCGGCUAAACCAAAAUCAUGACAGAAGAAGAUGGCAGUUAUGAUCAGCCAAGUCGCAUCUGAAGGUAGGAGGACUCCAUGACCAGUCCGAACUUGAGGGAAACUUCAGUCACCAAUGCAAAGCAUUAUUAACAGAGACUUACAGAGUACACUUGUGUGAAACUAUUUUUGAUAAUGCUAUUCAUGAUCAUUUAUAAAUAGUUGUCUUAAAUAACUAACUGACAAUCAUCAGAAGAGCUUGAAU